UCCAUCUUCUUGGGCCGCAAGCCGAACUGAGAGGCGCCGUCCAAGCACGCACAAAUACGCACGCAUCUCCCACCAAGUUCUCGAUCGAACCGGCGGACCCCGUUAAACCCUACACCCGCAAACCCCCCACCGAAACCAUGGCCGCCGCCGCCGCGAAGGUCGGGGCCGCCGUCCUCUCCGCCGGGGCGGCCUUCGCCGCGUCCUCCCAGAGGGUGAACGCGGAGGGCGGCUCGGGGUUCCGCUUCCCCGGCUUCUCCUCCCCCGCCCCCGCCCCCGCCCCCGCCCCCGCCUCAGGCGCGCCGCCGCCCGCCGCGCCGGCUGCGGAGGAGGCGCCGCCCAAGCCCCGGAACGACAACCCGCGGACCACCGCCGCGGGGUUCGACCCCGACGCGCUGGAGCGCGCGGUCGAGCUGCUGCGCGAAUUCGAAAAGAGAGAUGACGCUGAUGUCAAAAAGUCGUUCGCCCAUGCUAACAAGCGGGAGGAGACGCGGCAAGCGGAGUUCGCUGCAAGGAAGGCCGAUUACCUGAAGGAGGCCGCGCAGAUCGAGCUCGAGAGGACACGUGUAGAGUAUGAAGAGAAGAAAAAACUUGCGCAAAGUCAAGCUGAAAUAAAGGCACAAGUAGCUCGAUAUGAGGAUGAGCUACGAAGGAAGAGAGCGCAGCAUGAGCAUGAGGCACAGAGGGCAAGAAACCAGGAGCUCGUGAAGAUGCAAGAAGAAUCUGCAAUUAAGCUAGAGCAGCUGAGACGCCAGAGUGAAGAGGAAAUCAAUGAAAUACGGAGACGGACAGAGAAGGAAAAGGCACGUAUAGAGCAGGAGACUAUGAGACUGCAAAAAAUGGCAGAUGCGGAGGCGAAAGCACUUGAACUGCAACUGUCUGAAGAUGUGAAACGGCGAUUGCUUAUUGAGCGGGCAAAUGCUGAGCGGGAGAAGUGGGUCCAAGCAAUAAAUACAACUUUUGAGCAUAUAGGAGGUGGUCUCCGGGCGAUAUUAACUGAUCAGAAUAAGCUAGUAGUAGCAGUUGGAGGCGCAACUGCACUUGCAGCUGGGAUUUACACAACAAGGGAAGGUGCAAGAGUAGUCUGGGGUUAUGUUGACCGUAUUCUGGGUCAGCCAUCACUGAUCAGAGAGUCAUCGCGAGGGAAGUAUCCUUGGUCCGGUGUCCCUUCACGUGCUAUGAGUACUGUGACUAGCAAACUGAAAAAUGGGAGCAAUCUGGGGAAGGAUGGGAAAGGUUUUGGUGAUGUUAUUCUAAAUCCAUCUCUUCAGAAGAGAGUGAACCAACUAGCUAAUGCCACCGCAAACACGAAGCUUCACCAAGCCCCCUUUAGGAACAUGCUUUUCUAUGGGCCUCCUGGCACUGGGAAAACAAUGGCAGCAAGAGAACUUGCUCGCGAAUCUGGACUAGAUUAUGCACUGAUGACUGGUGGAGAUGUUGCACCAUUAGGAUCGCAAGCAGUAACCAAGAUUCAUCAGUUAUUUGACUGGGCAAAGAAAUCUAAUAGAGGUUUACUCCUCUUCAUUGAUGAAGCUGACGCUUUCCUGUGCGAACGGAACAAGACAUACAUGAGCGAAGCUCAAAGGAGUGCUCUGAAUGCUCUCCUUUUCCGGACAGGUGACCAGUCCAAGGACAUUGUGCUUGCACUAGCAACCAACAGGCCUGGUGACCUUGACUCCGCUGUUGCUGACCGUAUCGAUGAGGUUCUCGAAUUCCCUCUGCCUGGGGAGGAAGAGAGGUCCAAGCUUGUCAAGCUAUACCUUGACAAGUACAUAGUGAAGGCUGGCGAAAAGCGAAAGGGCUUGUUCAGCUUCUUCCGCCGCCAGCCUCAGAAGAUAGCGGUGAAGGGCAUCACCGACGAGUUGAUCCGGGAGGCUGCCGCCAAGACCGACGGCUUCUCCGGAAGAGAGAUCGCGAAGCUGAUGGCGAGCGUGCAGGCCGCCGUGUACGGGAGCACGGAGUGCGAGCUGACCCCGGGCCUGUUCCGCGAGGUUGUAGAUUAUAAGGUCGCCGAGCACCAGCAGAGGAGAAAGAUAGCUGGUCAUGCCUAGGAGUAGAUUGCUACAAUGUUCAGUUCGGGAGAGAGUGCCUGGACGGGGGGGCCGGUGAUUCACCUGCCUCGUCUUCGCUGAUUCUUUUUGCUUUGCUAUAUCCUGACACCUGGGCGGAAUUUUGGAGGCUUACAUGUAUCAACAACGUGAACAUGAUGCACUUCACUUCAACAAGCUCGGCAUUUUCUGUUC